UACGCGGCGCGCGGCGCGGCGGCACGAGAACACGAAGCGGGAGCGAGACGAGAGGUCCGAACCGUCUGGCGGAGCGGCUCAGGAUUGUGGCGGGGCUGGGCACCAGGCCGUAGUGGGUGUGGUUUUGGACUUGACUCACCAGGGACCAAAACAGCGGCCGUCAUGCAGACCAAGCUGGAGCAAGAGGAGUCGGUGCAGGAGUUCCAGGGAUUCAACAAGCCGCUGGAGAAGCCAUGGACGCAAGAAUGGAAGGAGUUCUUUUACAACCAAGAGCAGGGUACCGUCAUGGGCCGCAACGGCAAGAGCUGGGGGAGGAUCUUCCUGUUUUAUUUGGUGUUCUACGCCGUGCUCGCAUCUCUGUUUGCUGUAAUGCUGUGGGUGUUUUACCAAACACUGGAUCCCCGCAUUCCCAAGUGGCGAACAGAUCGAUCUCUCAUUGGAACCAACCCAGGCUUGGGAUUCCGGCCAAUGCCCCCAGCACCAAAUAUUGAAAGCACCCUCAUCACAUACAGAGGCACUGAUCCAGAGAACUACAAAUAUUGGAAAGAUUCUCUCAUCGAUUUCUUGCAAGUGUACAGGAAGCCAGGUCUAACUCCGGGCCGCGGUCAGAACAUUUACAACUGCGACUAUGACAGACCGCCAGGCAGGGGACAAGUGUGCGAUGUUGAUGUCAAGAAUUGGCACCCUUGCAUAUCAGAAAACAACUUCAACUACCAUAAAUCUGCCCCUUGCAUUUUCCUCAAACUGAAUAAGAUUUAUGGGUGGGUUCCUGAAUACUACAACAACACCAACGACUUGCCUUACAAUAUGCCAAAGGAUCUCAAAGACCAUAUAUAUGCUGUUGGCCGUAAUAGCACCCUGAGGCUGAAUACCAUUUGGGUUAGCUGUGAAGGAGAAAAUCCUGCCGAUGUGGAAAAUGUGGGUCCGAUAAAAUACAUCCCAUCAUCUCGUGGUUUCCCUGGCUACUUUUAUCCUUAUGAAAAUUCAGAAGGCUACUUGAGCCCUGUCAUUGCCAUUCAUUUUGAAAGGCCAAGAACUGGUAUCCUGAUUCAGGUUGAAUGCAAAGCUUGGGCACGCAAUAUUAAACAUGAUCGCCGAGAAAGAUUAGGUUCUGUACAUUUUGAGCUGAUGAUUGACUAAGGUGAGGUACAGAACUUCAACUGGCCCAAAAAAAGAUACAUGAAAACCUAUGAGCAAAGCACUGCUAUAUAUGUAGUUACAUUAAUUUUCACUUCCCUGGAAUCACUUAAUGAAGAAUGAUUAAAAGCCUCAAUUCAACAGUUCCAUGAACACAUCAAUGAAGUGUGCAUUUCGAUUGGAUGUUGGCAUCAGCUUGACACUAGGCUUUGGAAAGUCCCAGCUUGUACUCUUUUGGGGUUUCUUACCCUUUCUAUAUUUAUUAGUUGUGUAUUGUAUUUUCCUAUGAAAUCGUUCUUCCUAAUCUUAAGAUCACAGUGCUGCUCCUAUGGGCAUUCCAUCUAUUGAUGUUUUCCCUCUAGCAUAAAACGUGCUUCCGUUUGUCAGUGUAAAGUCUGGGUUCUGUUUUAUGAAGAAUAACACUGCCAUGUCUGAUUUAAUGAGUGGUCUUUUGUUGUGUAGGAUGAAUGGUCUCCUUAUUUGACUUAAUUUUCUGGUUAUCGAUGGCAUGAUUUUGUACUUCUUUUCACUUUUUCUGUAUUGUGUACUUUCAAGAAUCUACUUAAGUAAGUUUUGUCUUACCCUUUUUACCUGAGGUGUGAGUAUUUUAUGAAAUGAUCUUUGUUUUUGACAGCAGGAUAUUGUCUGAGCUUAUUGUAGUUAUGCUAGUAGUUUACCUAUAUCUUGUCAUAUCAUGGGGUAGAAAUACUCAAAAUAAUAACCUCCUGAUUUGUCAUAUGUAGAGCAUUCCUUCACAUAAUUUUCAACUGUGUGUGAGCUCAAUGUGAUACUGUUAGCUUUUAUGUUUGUUUUUGUCAUUUUUAAAAGACGAAUCUCCAUUAAAAUUCAGGCUGCCACACGCACGAGGACGAGAAGAGAAGAAGAAACGUUUUGUAUCAAUUUGGCAGUAAUUUAGCUUUUCUAUAAAUCCCUGAUUCAGAGACAAUAUUGUUCAAAUAUUUGUAUUUGUAUUUGUAUUCAAACACAAUUUUUAUGGUAGACUUCCUGUCAUUUUUCUAUCCAGUUACUUAAUACGGAAUCGUUAUUAUGAGCAGAGCAACUGCCAUUACGAACGAUUCCCACUUUUCUUAAUACUCCACAAAUUUCUGUGAUGGGAAGGGAAUGUAUCUUAAUAUUAGCUUUGAUAGCAGCCAUGAAUUUUUAAUAUUUUUACUCAUUUUGUGUGCAUGAUGUACAACUGAAAAGUUUUAAGGGAAGCAUGUUAGUACUUUCUAACAUGCACCGUUUUAUGGCCUCUUGAUUUAGUAAUUAUAUGCUGUCAGAUCUCUUAGUUCACUUGGAAUUGUUUUAAUCAGGAAUCUCGUUCUGUCCUAGUUUUUAGGACGUAGUAUUGUGUUAAUUUAAUGUUUCCUUGUUGUUUUUUCUUAGACAUACUGUGUUAAGAUACUGUAUAGUUAAAACUUAUUUUGAAGAAGUAGCAGUAUUAGUAGCAGAUUUGCAGAGAGUCAUUAUCUUUGUACUUAAAUUGGUGCAAGAUGGAUCUAAUUUCUUACUCUCAUUGGACUAUGUAAUUUCAACCUUUUCUAAUACAAAAUUGAAACAAAACUUUUUAUUGAAAAGUUUUUGCUUGCAAGGCUCAGGAAGGACAUUCAAUAAGUAGACAUAAAAAUAGCAAUUUUUACAAUUUUUUAAUUUGUGUAUACCUGUCAAUCAUGUGUAAUAACUGUACUUGGAAAAUAAACAAAUCCACAGUCAA